AUCCAUUUUUUUCCAAUAUAAAUAGUAACAACGAAUUAUUAAUAAGCGAAAAAUUAACGUAAAAUGAUUUGCUUACGCUAGAACAAAAUAUACAGACACAACAAAAAUGGAGAGAGAAGCAAGGAGGAAGAAGAUAUCUUCUCAAGGGACGGAUCGCAUGGCAUUGAUAACGGGCCGGAUCCAAACCCUCGACCCGAAUCUUUCGAAAUCGUCUUCGUUUUCCGACCCGACCCAACACCAUUUACCCGCGCAGCACGCGCGCUCCACGUCCGAACCCGUUGCGGAAAAGGACAUACCCCUGUUCCAAGAUUAUCAUCAUGGUAUUAAGGAAGUUUCUAGAAGAAAUGCAUCACUUGUCCCCACACGGGCCUCCGAUUUUUCGGACGGUCCAAAUUUACGCGAAAAGCCCAUCGAAUAUCAUCUCGGUUCAAUAACUCCAAAGGAAAUAAAUUUCAGCAUUAUCUCAUCCGAAAACACACGAGCCCUAUGUUCGUUCGCAAUCGCAGUUCUCGUGGUAUUGUCACAUGUUAAUAAUCUCCCACACAAUGUAGUAAAAUCGAAGAGCCUAAUUGCAUAUAGGCCCCUUUACGCCGUUUUAUUAACCGAUGCUUUGAUAGUGGCCGCAAGAAUAGCUCUCUACUCGCAAGAAAAGGAGGAAAACGAAGAAGAAUUUAAGUUCGAGGGCGAUUACGGAAAACAAAAUUGGGAUGGAGCUGUGAAAUUGUUGGAAUGGGGAUUGGUUCUGCAUCAGAUUCUUCGCGCGGUUUUUAUAGAUUGCAGUUUUUAUUUGUCGAUUGUUAUAUGCGGCCUUUGUUUCGUGUAAUAUGCGAGAUUUGGCGUCGAAAUUUUGAGUAGUAUUAUGCAUUAUGUAGAUUAUAAUAAAAUUAUAUAUCUCUUGUUGAGUAAAUUUAAAUUAGAAUUGGUUAUUGCUGUAGACAAGCUUUUUAUGUACUGGAAUAAUUGUAAUAUGUCAUUUUUUUAAUUUAUUUAUUUAUUUA